AUGUUGUUUCUGCCAAUCUUGGCGGCUCUCUCCGCCACGCUUGUCGUCGCUAUUUCCCCUAUUUCAACUGAGCAAGUGAACUUGGGUGAGGCUGGCCUGCCCAGCAGCACUGCAAUUGGAGACAGAGUUUCCUGCCAUAAUAAUGUCACAUUUGGUCCAGUCCCAAAAGCUGAGCAGAUCUACGUCACUGAUGAUUUCGAUAUCGCUCCAUUUCCCGUCAUCACAGAUCGGCACCUUUUCUUUCUCCUGUCCGGGCGCCUUCCAUCAUCCAAAACUAAAGCCAUAAAGGAUCUCGAGGCUGCGCUGACUGAAGCAACGCUGAAUAUAACUAUUGACCGCCUUGAUCCUGAUGGCAAGCCCGAUGACCCGAGUUCUUAUGUGAUUCCGCUUAAAGCGUUUCGCGCUGAGAUGGGGAUAGGUCAAUUGUCUAUACGGCACACGAAUGGCACAUACGUAGACUAUCUUCCUGGGCCUGGGGAGAGCGAAAUAUUGGCCGAGCUCAUCAUCAUAGGGAUGUUUGUGGAGACGGGGCUACAUACAUUUGACAUUGUCGCUCGACUAGGAGAUGAGAACAAGACAUGCUUAUUUGCUUUCUCGCACACUCAAUGGCUAGAGAAUAGUUGGGAUUAG